AUUACAUAUAUUAGAAACCAACACUUUCUCAUUUCUUUAUUUUCCAGAUCACCAGACUGGACCACAGCAACGCGUGGCAGGGGGCCGCUAGUUAAUCAUAAUUGUUGUCAUUUUAACUAUUUAACUUAAGUUACACUAGAAAUAUAUUAAUGGAAAACCAAUACAAUCACCACAAUCGGGAGCCAGUAAGCCCUGAAGUGGAGCUAAACAAUGCUGUACGAUAUGGCUCAAUUGAGACUGUCCAGCAGCUUUUGAAAGAUGGCAGAGAUAUAAAUUCAAAGGUGAAAGGUGGUUGGACACCCCUUCAUAGUGCUGUACAACGGAAUAAGGAAGAUAUUGUCUACCUUCUUCUUAGAGAGGGGGCUGAUCCACAGCCUAGGAAGGACAACGGGGCUACUCCUUUUAUCCUAGCUGGGAUAAAUGGCAAUGUGAACCUUCUGAAGCUCUUCCUUGAGAAAGGAUCCGAUAUCAAUGAGUGUGAUAUCAAUGGCUUCACCGCUUUCAUGGAGGCUGCUUGGUAUGGGAAGGAGGCAGCCCUGAGAUUUUUGUAUGAGAAUGGAGCCGAUGUCAAUUUGGGAAGAGUAGUUGAUGAGGAGAAAAAGGCCCUAAAUAAAGGAGGUGUAACAGCCUUGAUGGAUGCUGCCAAGCAAGGCCACGUCGCUGUGGUAGAAGCCCUAGUCAAAGAGAUGAACGCCGACGUGAAUAUCUGUGACAAUCAGGGAAGGAAUGCAUUAAUCCAGGCAUUCCACCUCGGAGAAGACAAAAAUUGGAAGAAAGACAAAGAGGACAUUGUCCUUUUUCUUCUAGAACGUGGUACGGAUUUGACCAAGAGAGAUGAAAGUGGGAAAACUACUCUUAUACUUGCCGUGGAAAGGCAAAGCCAAGUUGUGGUGGAGGCUAUAUUAGACCGCAAUGAGGUUGAUAUUGAUGAUGCAGACAAGAACAGCAGAACGGCACUGAUGAUAGCGGUGGAAAUGAAAAACUAUGACAUAGCACGGGUGUUGUGUGAAAAGGGAGCAAGAACAGACAUUGGGAACCUCCUUGAAAUCGCUAGCCAAACUUAUAACAAUGAAAAAAUCAUAGAGCUCCUACAACAGUUUGGUUCAUCACACAUUCCAAGACAACCAGUGGUAAAGUGGACGUCUUCUAGUAUACGCUGGGGACCCCAGCUCCAGGAUCUGUAUGGGAGGUAUCGCCCUAUGAUUGGAAAACUCAAGAUUUUCCAAUAUCAAGAUUUUAGGAUUCAGAGAAACUCUCAAGGAGGAGUGUAUCUGGGAUUAUAUGAUGGAGAAGCCGUGGCUGUGAAGAUAUUCUGUAUUGAUGCCGAAAAUGCUGAACGAGAGAAAACCUGCCUUGAGAAAUGCCGCACCAGCAAUCAUCUGAUGAAGUUUUGUGGAUGGGAAGAGCGGAAAAACUGUCUGUAUCUGUGCCUCUCCUUGUGUGAGAGGACCCUUGAAGAAUACUUCAAAAUGGGUGACAAGGCAGACAUGAGAAGCAACGAUAUUCUCAAAACGGUCUUUCUGGCAGUGAAGGAAUUGCAUGAAUUUGGAUUUGGUCAUCAGGAUUUGCACCCGAGUAACAUUUUGAUAGAUGUUACGGGCAAGAUUUUCCUAGCAGAUUUUGACAAGUGCAGGAAAAUAACUGGUGAUGACCAGAAAGAUCAUAUAAUCUCAGAAGACUUACAGGAUCUUGAAAAGCUGGUUGUAUAUGUUGCAAUGAGGGGCAGAGCACAAUUUGAAGAUUUACCCACAGAGUGCCCUAUAGAUGUGGACGAUCGUAUGGAAAUAGAUGAUCUCAGAGAAAGGUUGAACUCUCUUGAAGAAUGCAUCCCAGCCUGUGAUCAAUUGGAACAUUUACUACAACAUCCUUAUUUUUGGAGCAAGCAAAUGAAAUACAGACUCUUAAGGGACAUUGGGAAUGAGAGUGAUAUUAAGACAAGGAACACUAAGCAACACAAUGAGGAUAGUGAACUUCUGAAGGCUUUAAAUUGUGAAGAACAUCCAUUCAUGAACUGGAAAGAAGAGAUCCAUAAAGAAUUUUUGGACUGUAUGGCUGAUCCUUUUAGUGAGAGAGACAAGAAAAAGAAAAACAGACCAAAGAAAGGUUACGAAAACUGUGUGACAGAUUUGCUGAAACUAAUCAGACAUACUGGCGAGCACUUGAAAGAGAAAGAUGAACAGGUGAAGGACAUAGUCGGGGAGCCUGCAGACUAUUUUCUGAAUCUCUUUCCAAAUUUAACAAUAUAUGUCUAUCGCUGUUUGUAUAACACACAAUAUGCUAAACAUUUUCCAAAUGCUCAGAACCCUUCUCAGUUGUAAUGUGGAUCAGUAAUUAAGAAUGUAAGUAUUUGCUUAUUC